AUGGCGACCAACAACACAACAAUAGCCAACGGUCCUCCCGCGAAACGACAACGCGUCAACCGAGGUGGUCUCACCGCUGAUCCCGACUCCAUCACCGCAACACCAAAAUUCCAAGCAGGCGACAAAGUCCAUGUCGACAACGUCCUCCCAGCAUUCACCAAGAUCGAGAUGAAAGUCCUCCGCGCCAGCAACGCAAGGACCGGAAGCUGGGAGUACGUCUUGGACAGCACUAUAAUCCCGGAUUAUGAGAGCACUAUCAUUGUUCCCGAGGAGAGGGUGUUCCAGGUCAAGUAUCCCAUUGGGACGCAACUCGUGUUCAAGCUGGAGCCUCUGAAUCACAACCAAAACAACUUUGCCAAGAUCACGGACUGGAAGUUCUCGGAAGGCCAAGUAAUGUACGACGUCAAGGUUGGCUGCGUGCAGGAGCCGUAUGUAGUCGGACGCAUCUUUGACCUCACACUGAAUGGUCUUGGGAGAUUCAGCGGAGAAUUCGUUGAUGAUAUCGAUCUGACGUACGACGUCGGCACCGUGCAGAUCUCGGAAGCUGAGCUCGAUGCCCGACAAGAUGAGAGGCUUGCAUUGUUGGCCGGGUCGUCCAGAUGA